AUGCUGUCCGCUCCUGCCGGCCAGUCAGGCAAAGCUGAGCCGGACUAUGCGUUUGAAAUGGCAGCAAGCAACAUCCGCUUUGGUCCCGGAGUGACUCAGGAGGUUGGAUAUGACUUUAAGCACCUUGGUGUUAAGCGGGUUGCCGUUUUCACCGACAAAACCUUGCUGUCAAUGGCUCCCGUCGCCAAGGCCCUCAAGGCUUUGGACAGCCAGGGAAUCAAGUACGACAUUUACUCGGACGUAAUUGUGGAGCCUAAGGACUACGGUGUCGAGGAUGCCAUUGCUUGGGCCCGCAAACUUCAACCUGAGGCGUAUCUUGCGGUUGGAGGCGGCUCGGUUAUGGACACGGCCAAGCUGGCCAAUCUUUUACAGAUUUACGAGUCCAACCAGCUUCUGGACUUUGUAAAUGCGCCAAUUGGUAAAGCCUUGCCUAUCAAUCGCAAAUUGAAGCCGCUGAUUGCUAUUCCAACCACCGCAGGUACCGGUUCUGAGACCACAGGAACCGCCAUUUUCGACUUGCCCAAGAUCAAGGCCAAAGUUGGCGUUUCAUCUCGGGCAUUGAGACCCCUUUUGGGCAUUGUCGACCCCGAAAACUCUGCUUUAAUGCCUGCUUCCAUUAAGGCGUCUUCUGGUCUCGACGUGCUCUGCCACUCUCUCGAGUCGUACACUGCGAUUCCCUACAAUGAGCGCACCCCCCGGCCCUCUGAUCCCAUUUUGCGUCCUGCGUACCAGGGUGCAAAUCCGAUCUCUGACGUAUUUUCGCUGCAGGCUCUCCGCAUGGUGGCCGAAUAUCUGCCCCGAUCGGUCAAGGACCCUGAAGAUACAGAGGCCCAGCACCAGACACUGCUGGCGGCUUCACUGGCAGGGGUGGGUUUCGGCAAUGCCGGCGUGCAUCUGUGCCAUGGUCUUUCGUAUCCUAUUUCUUCGCAAAACAAGGGUUAUACUCACGAGGGAUACGAAAAGGUGGGUCAUCCCAUCAUCCCGCACGGCGUGAGCGUUGCAGUUACCGCUCCUGCGGUGUUCAAGUUCACUGCCCCGUCAUGCCCCGAGCGGCAUCUGGAAGCAGCCGGAAUCUUGGGUGCCAACAUCACCAAUGCCAAGCUUGAGAGUGCUGGAGACAUUCUAAAAGAAACUUUACAAGACUUUUUGUACAACAAGCUGGGAUCUGCGCAACCCCGAGGAAUCAAGGAUCUAGGGUUCGGCUCCGGGGACAUCGAAUCUCUGGUCAGUGGAGCACUACCCCAGCGGCGGGUGAUGACGCUUGAAAAGAGUAUCCACUUUGCGUCGCAGGAUGAAAUUGCUAAAGAGCUUGGAGGUAUCCUUGAGGAGACCCUUUCAUUCUAG